CGCUUCGGCAGCUGACCAUUAUCAGUUUGGUAGCGUUCUUCCUUGUGAGAACUACCACCGUCAGGAUGAAGCUCAUCGUAAUAGUAGUUGCCAUCUCCCUGGCCGCUCUGGUCAGCGGAUCGUACGUCCCCAGCGUUGAAAAGGACAUCAAAUAUGCUGACAAGGACUUCCUUAUGAAGCAGAAGUUCUUCUUCGAAAUUCUCCGGAAUAUCCAUAUGCCUCUUCAGUACGAGGAAUACAUGAUGUACACCAAGAUGUGGGUGGAGGAUUCGACCAAAUACACGAAUUACGAACAAGUGGUGGAAUUCUUCAACAUGUACAAAAUGGAUCUGUUCCUUGGAAAGGGAGAAAUAUUCACCAUCAACAACAAGUAUCUGCUGAAGCAAACCUACAUGCUGUUCUCGUUCCUGUAUAACUCCGUGGACUGGGACACGUACUACAAGAACGUCAUCUGGGCUCGCGAAAACGUCAACGAAGGAAUGUUCAUCUAUGCCAUCACGCUGACUGUAAUGCACCGCAUGGACUUGCAAGGAUUGGUUCUGCCAGCUAUCUACGAAAUCUAUCCGUACUACUUCUUCAACACUGACAUCAUUCGUUCUGCCACCUACCGUAAGAUGUACGACCCUAAGUUCGGAUUCUACGGCAACGGAAAGUACAACGUUGUGUACUCCAACUUUACCAUGACCUAUCCGUACGAAGUGCCCUACAAAGAUAUGUACGUUAAGGACGGCAUGAUGAUGGACUACUACUACGAGGAUAUCGGUUUGAACUCCUACUACUUCUACUUCAUGAUGGACUAUCCAUUCUUCCUCGGUGGUGACAAAUUCGGCUUGCUCAAGGAACGCAGUGGUGAAAUCUAUUUGUACAUGCACCAGCAACUUCUAGCUAGAUACAACCUGGAGCGAUUCUCAAACAUGAUGUACCCAACCAAGAUGCUGACCUGGCAAUUCCCGUUGAAGACCGGAUACUUCUCGCUGUUGAGCUACUGGAACGGAAUCCCAUUCAAGUACCGCGACAUGAACUACAUUAUCAAGGAUACAGACUUCAACAAGCUGGACUGGAUCAAGGACUGGGAAAUGAGAAUUCGCAAGAUGAUUGACGAUGGAUUCUUCUACCUGGACGAUGGCACCAAAGUGGAUCUGCGCAAAUGGGAGAACAUUGACUUCCUCGGAAAAAUGAUGAACUGCAACAUGGACAACUUCUUCUGCCAGAAAUUCGGAUUCAUUGAAAUGCUGUCCAAGAUGCUGCUCAGUGGCACUGACUUCAUGACGAUGAAGACCUGGCCAUCAGUCCUGAUGCACUACGAAACGACCCUGCGUGACCCGAUGUUCUACAGCUUGUGGGAACGCCUGAUGAGCUUCUACUACUUGUUCAAGAGCUACUUGCCGUACUACACUUUCGACGAUCUUAGCUUCAAGGGAGUCGUCAUCAAGGACGUUGUGAUCGACAAACUGAUGACCUACUUCGAGUACUUCGAUUCGGACAUUUCCAACGUCAUUCCCAUGACCAACGUUGACAAGUACUGGGACUUCAACGUUCUGGGUCGCACAAUGCGCCUGAACCACAAGCCAUUCACUUACACUUUGGAUGUCAUGUCUGAGUUCACCGGCAAGGGUGUCAUCCGCGUCUUCUUGGGACCGAAGUUCGACAAACUGAUGGAUCUGGAGUACUUCAGAAAGUUCUUCGUUGAAAUCGACCAGUACUUGGUUGACAUGGUCGUUGGCAAGAACACCUUCAUCCGCAACUCUCGUGACUUCUACUGGAGCGUGCGUGACCGCACAAUGUACACCGAACUCUACAAGAAAAUGAUGAUGUCGAUCGGUGGCAAGGACAAGUUUAUCCUGGACAUGUCGGAGGCUCACUGUGGAUUCCCGGAUCGCCUUAUCCUGCCGAAGGGCUGGGUCAGCGGAAUGAAGAUGCAGUUCUACUUCAUCAUCACUCCUUACAUCGUGACCGAACCAAAGUCCGACUUCGUGUUCGACAAGACCUUCAUGUGCGGCAAGUACAACUUCAUCGACAACCUACCGAUGGGCUUCCCCUUCGAUCGCGAAAUCGAUUAUACUUACUGGUACACGAAGAACAUGCUCUUCAAGGAUGUGUUCAUCUACCAUAUGGACGACAUGAAAAUGAACAAGGUUUAGUAGGAUUAGGACGAAACCACCCCCUUGGAAGUUCUGCUCUAUUGGGACUGAUUAUGCUGUUAAGUUUUGUUAUCUGAAUAUACGCUGCAAGAUUUUA